AUGCAAAGUACUAUACAAGGAUUAUUGUCUCAGUACAUAACUAAUCUUGAAAAAACAGAACUAUCUUUGUGGUCAGGAACUUUAGAUCUUAAGAAUAUCAUCCUUAAUGAAGAUGCAAUGGAGGACUUAGUUGGUUUCAGUUCAUACAACUUGAGACUAAGUUCAAAUUUCAUUGACAAAGUUCACAUAGAUAUUCCAAUAAUCGAUUUCCUAUCUAAGCCUAUGACUAUCAAAGCAAACUCUUUGUAUGCUACCUUAAACUUUAUUAGCUAAGACUAACUUGACUUAAUCAAGAAAAGAAGAAGAGAAGAAGAUAAAAAACAAGAUAAUUAGAAUCUAUCUUAGUUUAAUUAGGCUCUAAAGGUCUAGGAUCAAGAAGAGACAAUUCUAAACUCAAUGAGAUAGAAACUCACCUAAAAUAUAAAUAUUGAUCUUUAAAAGGGCAAAUUCAUCCUAUUUUCAGAUUAGGGAUUCGAUCUAGUGCUAAAGAUUAAAAAUGUGCACAUUGUCAAUAAUAAAAAUUACUAUCAUGACGAGUUUGACCCUGAAUAUGAUUAAUGCAACAAUAACUAAGUUAAGUAGAUGUUUAAGAAACUCAUGAAAUUUGAUUCCCCUCUUGAAAUCAGAUUGAAUAUAGAUGUUUUCAAAAAGAUGUGCUUUCUCUGGAAUUUACUUACAGUUAAAUCAUUAUCAGCUGAUAGUUAAUAGUAAAUUUAGCAGUAGUAGUCUUAUAUAAUGCCACCUAAUUCCUAAGAUCAAUAUGCAAAUAAGUAUGAGACAGACUAAGAUGGGUAGAACUUGCUUUAUAUAGGAGAUAUUCAAAAUUUUAAGCUCAAUCUAUACAAUUUCGCUUCUAUAUUCAAGUAAACUUUGUCAUUUGGGAGAGUUGAAUUUAAGUAUCAUUCAUAAGAAGCAGAUAAUUACUUAGCACUUUUGUCAUUGAUUACAUCUAAUCUAUUCACAAUCGAAAUACAAAGCUUUCAUGAGAAAUAUGAGUAUAAACUGCUCAGCGAAGAGGUGAUUAUCAGACUAUUCAAAAUUAAAGAAUCUUUGAAAUUUAUUGAUGAAACCCUAAAAGCUUUUGAGGAUAUCAAUGCAAUGAACUUUAAACAUAAGUUGAGCUCAAUUACUCCUGACUAGUAAUAAUAAAAUUUGGACUCCCCAAGCCAAAAUUAAAACUAAAUAUAUCAAAGACCCAAGAUCAAUAUUGAUAUCAAACUAUUUGAGGUAGAACUAAUUGAUGCCGUAGAUCCAUCAAUCAGCAAACUUACUUUUGCCAUCAAUGGAGUAAGUGGAUUCGAGAAUAAAUCAACAAAGAAGCAGCACAUAGUAUUUGGCAGUAUCAACUUUAAAGUAUUCGAUUGCUACUUAUUUAAGGACAUUGAGAUGAGAUAUGUAUUCGAUGAAAGAUCUUAGCAAAUUAAUGCCAAUAGAAUACCAAUUGAGGUUGAUAUACUUCAGUUAAAUAAGCUAUUGAAAAUGAAUUUGAUGGAUGAUAUUGAUACCUUUUUCAAAAUUAUAACGUUAAUAAUCUAAUCUCCUCAAGAACAAAAACUUGAGAGAAGAAGAGGAUCUUCUUUCAUUGAAUCAAGGCAAGAAAUCAUGCCUUAGGAAAACAACUAAAUUGACAGAUCAUCAAAAUCAAAGAAAAAAUUUGUUGUAAUUGUUACUUGCAAUCAUAUUAACCUUGCUUUUGGCUAUAGAGAUUAGAAAAAUUAUUAGUUUAAUGAAAUACUUCAACUUGACAUCUUCCACCCUCAUAUGAGAUUAAAAGAUUAAAAAAUGCAAAUUGACUUCUAAUUAAGGUCCCAUAUCAUUGAAAGGAUGACUCUUUAAAAGAUUAACUUCAUUGAUAAGUUAAAUCAAAAUCUGAGAAACUUAGAAGCUUUUAUCAUAAACCCACCUUCAAAGUUAAACGAUAACUCUCUGAAACUUCCAUUUUUAAGUUUUACCCAGGAGUAUCUUCUAAGAUUUGAAACUUAGGAAUAUGAAUUCUCUUCAUUUAAAAGAUUCGAUUUCGCUUUUGACCUAUAAUAGCUAUUCUUUAAGUUUUAUUAGCAUAGAUAUCUAUCAGAUUAGAAAUAUUUUUUCGAAAGUCUAUUAGAUAUAGACAAGAAGGCACAAUUCAUCCUCUUUAUAAAUUGUAGUGAUGAAGACUACCUAGAUAUAACUAUCCUUGAAAGAUAUAGUUUAUUGAAUAAGAUUACACCAGGCUUAAAGCUUAAAUACGGUUCAAACGCUGAAAGUCUAGAAAUUGAUCUUGCUUAUAAUUCCAACUAAGAAAUUGAUCUAAUGUAGACUAUAGACUCAAUAUCAGUGAGUUUUCAAGAUAUAAAGCAGGCUCAAAUUAGUCUAUAUAGUGAAAUGUAUCAUGAUUUGAGUUCAGUAAUUGAGGAUUAAACCAGUCACCAGUUAACUAUGUCUUAUUAAGUAUUGAAAUAUCCAUCUCAAAAUUUCAUAGAAACUUAAAACUGUGAAUUAUUAGCCUUACUACCGUUCAUCAGCUUGCAUAAUGGAUAUAAAUCUUUAAUAACUGGAACAAUAAGCGUAUAAAAGCCACUCGAAUCAGUUCAUUAUAGACAUACCUAAACAAAAUUGACAAAAGAAAUAGGAAUAAAGGUAAUAAACAAUGUUGUUUUCUCUGACAAAAUUUUGACUUUAAGAGAUAAUCUUGUGUUUCAAGAGUUAAAAGAUGUAAACUGCAUGUGCUUUAUUAAAACAGAACUUCAAGUAAAGGAUUAAAAUUCCUUAAUAAUUAUUAGCCCAGCAAUAAAGCUUUAUAACUAUUAUGAGAGGUUCUUAAUGCUGACUCAACUAGGAAAGGAAUUCUAACAGUUAAUACUCAAUGAUAAAAAUGUAUUGUAUAGAUUCCAAAUAUAAAAACAAUUAUAUCAAUCAGAAGACCCUCAAAAAAGUUUCAAUCAAAUCCCAAAAAGUGCAGAAUAAAUGGUUCAAACACUUCUUAAUCAAAUAGUUAUUGAGAUUAAAAUGAUAGAGAGUAAAAAUCUAGAAAGAUUUUUGAUUCUCAAGGAAAGGCUGAACUUCUUUAUAGAAGAAUAAAUUGUGGAUCUUGUUCUAGAGUAAAUUUAAACUAAAAAUUUCAAUUAUCAUGAAAAGACUUCAAAUAGCAGCCAUAUAAUUGAUUCAAGAGACUUUAUCAGUGUGGAAUUUGAAAUGAGCUUUAAUUAAGAUUAAUCAGAAUUUAGUUUAGAAAUUAAGCAAAGCCAAGAUAGAAAGCAAGCUCUUGAGAUAUAAAACAACACAUAAAUUUUCAAUUUGAAGUUUCUUCCAAACAAUUAAAGUGUAUCUGGAUUUGAAAUUGAAUCAUCUUAAAGUAUUUAAUUCUCUUCUGAAAAAAAUAUCAAAUACAGAUACUAAGAUGGCAACUGGAAUCAAGAUAUAAUCAUUGAUUCUGACUUAUAUAACAUCCUUCAAGAUAAAAUAACAUUUGAUCUGGAUCCAUCCCAACUUGUUGACAAGGAAAAAGUAAUCAAAGUCUACAACUUAAAGAUGAUUAGCAAGUAUGAUGGAAUUGAAGAUUAAGUAGCAAUCAAAAUUGAAUAUAUAAAGCUAAACAAUAAACUUCUGACUUUAAAAAUCUCACAAGAGGAAAGCUAAGCAGAAUUCUUUGCAGAAAGUGAAGAACUAAAUGAAUAGAUGUUAAAUUAUGAUAUUUACGACAAUAUUCAAGCAAAACCAGGCAAGCCUAUAAUAUAAAAUUAGACUUCUCAAAUAAAUAUUUUGCAAUUAGAUGAUGGUCUUAGCUUCUAAAUGAUCACUGCGCCGCACAAUGAGGAUGUUACUUUGGUAAAAUUAAUGGAAAUAAGUUUUGGUUCAAAGAUUGACAUAAACGUAGAUGAACUAUUCAAGAUUUUGUCUUUAGGUUUUAUUAACUAAGUACAAACAAAUACCAUAAAAGUUAACGGAUAAUCUCUUCAAUUGAACAAUAACGGACAAUAAGCUAGUAGAAAAUACCUCAUUAAUUCGUUCAAAGUUUCAAAAAUAGAGUUAUCUAUUUCUUUGAAUUUUAGUUAAAUAGCAAAUAUCUAGAUUGAUGAUGCUUUAGUGCUAAUGCAAGAAAUUCAAAAGAAAAAUAUCGGUUUUAAAGGAGAAAUGAUUGAUUAUAUAAACAUAGCACUGGAACAUCUUACUACAUAGGUAUUUUAUAGUCUUCAUAGAUUACUCUACCAUUCUAAUUUUAUGGGGAAAUUGCCCUCAAUCUACAAUUAGGCAAAAAGAGAUAUUUCAGAUUCACUUUAGAAUUCCUAUAGAGUCUUAAAAUUUAUUUAUAAUAUCGGCUCAUCUUUCAGUUCAAAUUUGUUUAAAUUCACUAUUGGCAAAGGAUUAUCAGAUUAAUAAAACUUUCUAAUUUACUUUGAAUAGAAACUCUAAGCGAAUUAGUCAUCUUGGUUCCAGCAUAAUCUUAACAACAUGAGUCCUUAGUUAGUGACAGCUUACUUUAAUCAUGUGCACGAGGAAAGAGUAUUUCUCUAUUUAGAUGAAUGCUUCCUUGAUACAUCAAACAAGAGCAGUAAUUGCCAUCUUGUUAUUCUUUCUCACUCAAUUAUUUUGAUUUUUGAAACCUAAAAUGAGAUGAAACUAUUCCAGUUGAAUUAUAAUCACAUAAGAAAGUUUUAAUUCCUAUAGGAGGAGUAGAGUGACUAUAACGGAGUAAAUGAAUUUGUAAGGCUUUUGAUUGGAUUAAAGAAAAGAGCUAUGAAUAAGAUAAACGAGAAUGUCUCUUUCCAGAUUUUAAAUUCCUCAUUAAAUUUGGAAGUGCCUAGGAGAUAAGCUGAGAUAAUGCUAAGUAUUUUAAGAAAUAUGGAGAUUAUCAACAAGACAAUAAAUAACAAUUAGUGA